GAUCCCGGACCCAUUGGGCCACCCGGAGUCGACGGCGAUGAUGGCGAGCUUGGACCCCAGGGUCCCAAAGGCCUGCGUGGCGAUAGUGGACUUCCGGGUAACAUCGGUCCAGUCGGACCGCAAGGUGAAAUUGGUCCGCGUGGAAGACCUGGACCGAUCGGUCCCGCUGGACCGCCCGGUGCCCCCGGCAUCAUGGGUCCCACAUUCGUAAGUGAAAUUGAGGCCCGCUUGCCCCUCUUCAGGUAA